CAGUGCGGAGAUUCGUGAGAGAAAAUCAGGGAUUGAUGAAAAGAAUGUAUGGAGAUGAAAGACAUAUCAAUAUUUUAAAAACUGAACUUGAGAAUAAUGACGUCGAACUCGAAUUUGAAGAGAGCUAUCAGCGAUAUCCUGAAGAUUCUAGACGCUUUGAGUAUGAUGAAGAUUUGGAAUACAACAAUCCUAGAUAUUUAAAUAUACAAAAAGACAUGCCAGAAGGUAGAGGAUUCACAAGCAGAGCUCUAAACAUUGGAAAUACAAAAUUAAAUGGCAACAUCAAUAAGAAAUUUAUAAAACUAGGUGAAUACACAAAGCCCCAUUUUUAUCCUUCCGAAAAUCCAACGAGUACAUCUUCAACAUCCACUACAACUUCAACAACUGCCAAAUCAACAAAUGUAACUGAUCAAACAUCAGCAUUAUCAUCAGCAUCGACAACCACAACAACAACAACAAGAACAACAAAUACAACCGUAAUACCAACAACUCCGCCUAUAAAAUCUUCAAUUUCAACACCUAAUUCCACACAUUUGGAUAUAAAUUCAACGACGAACAAAAGUUUAAACGAUAACGAAACACUUUCAACAACACCUUCAGUUACUUUGGCAGAAAUUGUUCAAAUUCAGAACCUCAGUAUCAAUGAGAUUCCGGGUCAGGCUGAUAGAUUCGAACUAGAUGUUGAUGAACUGACUGAGUUUCCGAUUGUUUCGGAUGAUGAAGAAGAAAGUUUGGAAGAGAUGACAACGAAAUUUUCUAAUUUGGGGAGUAUUGAUAGAAUUGAUGAUGUUCCUGAAGUAAUUGAUGAAAUCGAAAGUAAUGAUCAAAUAGGGGCUGAAAGUGAGCAGCAACAGGAAUUUAGACCUCGACCUGAGUAUAGACCUUCUGAAAUAAAAAAUAAUGGAUCCAGUAUGGAGGGCCAACUUUAUCAGGAUGUGGCUGCAAAAGAACAGAAGCAGCCAAUAUUUAAGGGCCAGGGAGUACUUGCCUGCCCAGUGAAAGAAGAAGUUGUCGCCCCUUUUUGGGCAAAUAAUACUCGUGGUGAAGUUCUUGCUCUUUUAAAUCUUUAUCCAUUUGAGCAAUAUGUCCACUGGGAAAAAUGCACACACGAAGACAAGCAAAUGUACUGUAGAGAUGGUUGCAAAUGCGAACAGCAAUACCGGUUACACAGAUUAUUGGCAUACGAUCCAAACAACGAAUGUCGAGGAAUUUUCAGCGACUGGUUCAAAUUUCCAAGCUGUUGUCUUUGUCGCUGUUAUAAUCUUCCUGUUGAAUUUCGAGUAACUUCUCGAUCACCUCGAAUGCAAAAGCAGAAAGUCAAAUUAAGAGUUUCACGAAAUUGACUUCCUUAAAUCCAAAUGACAUCCGAAGUAGAAACAAUCCCCUAAAUUGAAAAUUUUGAAUGAUACUUCAAUUCUUUGAAAUAGCAUUAGAUAUUCCUAGUUUUCUAAUAUUUUUAUUUAGCUUCCAUCAAUUAUUUUGUCUCUACUUGAUCUGAAAGUAAAGAAUUUUGUUUUUAGUUCUAUAAGCAAAGAAAAUUACGCAUCGACCCACGCAAGAAAUGAGUUGUAUAAAAUAUUUAAAAUUCACAAACUUUUUUCACAAGAUAUUUGUUUUUAAUAUCUUUAGCUUUCUACUUUCACUUUAAAAAUUCAACUCAUUUUUUUCGUGCUCCCGAAAUUCAAUCCGAAAUGCAAGGCUCGUGACUGAAAUGAUUACCCCAUUUCUUGUUGUCUCUCAUCGCUGUUAAUGUAAACUUGAUUUAUUUCAUUAAUGGAUCAUAGGUGCAGUCAUACUAAUUUUAAGUUAGCUGCACAUUGUUUUCGAAAACUUGUUAUUAGGAGUUAAAAUAUGCGUGUAUCAUUUAUAACUAUCUAAUUAUUUUAAUUAAUAAUAAUUGCAACUAAUUUAAAAAAGUAUUUAUGAAAUAAUACAUGCUCCUUACGAUUGAGAAUUUAUUUUCAGUUUAUUCUACAAUAAGAGAACGUAUCUUUUACAAGAAAUUAUAAACAAUAACGAACGUUAACGUUAAUACUUUUUUCCAGGCGUCCACCUGAAGCUGGAUCAGCUCAACAGUAAUACUUAUACGCCUACAGUACACUUUAAUCAAUGUCACAUAUACAUAUAUAAUAAUAUAUAUUUUAUAAUAUUACAAACGCCGUGUUAUCAUACCGCCUUACAACAUAUGUAUGUACAUAUAAUAUAAUAUAUACACACAUAUCUAUAUACGUAUGCAUGUAUAUUUAUAAAGGAGUCGUGUAUAAAUAGAAGUUUGUUUAUAAAUACAGGUUAAAACAUUUGGU